AUGGCGCCCCAAAAGGGUGGUCAGGCCACCAAACAGCAGAAGCAGCAGCAGCAGCAGCAGCAACUACAAUACCAGCAGUCUGCUGGCGCUGGCAACGUGAAGAAGCCAGUCGCCAACAACGCAACUGCAACUGCCACUGCCACUGCCACUCGUCCUGCUGUCGUGCCUGCCAUACCUCUGCCCAUGAUGCACCGCCAGGCAAGCAGCAACGUUAGAGGAAAUGGGAAUGCAAAUGCAAAUGCAAACGCAAAUACGAACACGUCCGCAAACAGCAAACCUGUCGUCGCCGUCUCGUCGAAUGGUUACCCCGUGGCCUCGCUCGAAGCCGCUCUCAUCGACCACCAGGCGACUGGCCAUGACCACGCAAUGGCUCGCAACAAAAAGCGACGCAGCAAGCACAAGCAUGAGGUCAAGACCGCAAACGGUACUCAUGUGGAGAAGCCCGAAGACAGCGAAACCGCCACAGCCAACCGCGACAACGAGAACGACAACGACAACGAAACCGACCGCAACAGAAACACCAACAGAAACAGCAACAGCAACGUCAAGCAGCACCACGAUAAACAGCAUCCCCUCAAAAACGGCAUAGACAAAAAACUCUCUGCCGGUGGCGUGGCUGCUAUCGCUAACGGUGUCACCAACAUCACCUUUGGCGAUAAUGUUCGCGACCCCAAUGCACCAUCCCCUCUGGUUUCGGCUCAAGUUUCGACUACUCCCUCGCUUGCCGGCGACGUCGAGUCCAUUGCAGGCUCUUCCGCCGUGACUGGACCUCAUAAUGGUGUCGCCCCCAACGCCACGUCUGUCCCAGUCCUGCAGCCCGAGCCUGCAGUUCAUACCAACAAUCUGACCACCCUCGACACUGGCCGACCGCAUGCUCACGCCGACGAGGCCAUCGUGCACCCUGUCCCGAGCCUUGCCGCCCAGCAUCCCCCCGCCCCGCACCACGUUCGUCAUGAUGCUAAUGGUGUUGUGUUUGGAGGUGCUCCCACUCCCACGUCCGAUUCUCAUACGCCUUCGCCAUCCGCCGGUGCAUUCAUGCCACCGCCGCCUCGCCAUGCCGUGAAUGGUAUUGUUAACAACAGCCGUAAGCUCGGUCAUACUAAUGGUCAUCGCAUCCACCAUGGACAUGCUGACAGCCACGGCACCAACUUUGGUGGUCCCGCCACACCAUUCCGUCCUGCUCAUGAACAUGUGACCAGCAUGGAUUCCUACGGCAAUGUGCCUGCUGCUGUCUCGAUUCACCGCGCCGCCCUCGACGGUUACCCUCCGAAUGCCGCCCAGUACGAACCUCCCACGCCUCACAGCUUCCACGGUUCUCAGACGUCCGGUGACUUCAACGGCUUCGACAACAUGGCAUCUUUCCACCCCAACGGACUUGGAGGCUUUGAUCAUGACCAUAGGAACGGUCGCUCUCACGGCGCACCGCACAUGCAGUCGUUCUUACCUCCCCCGCCUGCCCGCCGUUCGAGCUUUGAAGACGAGGUCAUGGACAGUGUCAUCUACUUCCAGAACCAAUUCAACUCGGCUGAGCUGGCUGACUGUACUUUGGAGCUUAAAUACCCCGACGGUUAUUGCCACCCCGUCAAGAUUCAUGCUCACAAGCUCAUCCUCGCUCGCAGCCCCGCGCUCAAGCAUUCCAUCAUGAUCGCCAGGGCUGCUGACCCGGGCUCCCACGUUAUCACCCUCAAUGCCAACGACCACUACCUGAGAUCCGACGCCUGGUUCACUGCUGUCCAACGCCUCUACCUGCACCCGCUCUUCAGUCCUCCGCCGUCUGGAAACGGUGCCGACUUUGCCGGUAGUAACAUGGACCAGUUCCGAUUCUGUCUCGGUUACGCUGCUGCAGGCCAUCUGCUCGAGAUGGGAGACGUUUUGCUCCGCGGCUUGCAGGUCGCUGCAAGCAUGGUCAACUGGCACACUAUUGAGGAGGCACUUGGUUUUGCAUUCGACGGCGCAGCCCAGCGCCACUACAUUGGAGAUGAUGGACAUGACUACUUUGACAUCGAUUUCACCUACGGCCGUGAUACUAGGAUUCUUAUGGCAUCAAUUACGAGUUUUAUCGUCAACUGUUUCCCGCCCAACUUCGAGCUCGAUACUACCGUCGUCAGCCCCCCUCUUUUCGCACGCAUCCCACCCAGUGCCUCUGAUCAUUUCCCGUCGACCAAAUCGGCCCCCGCUAUCGCCCGGGGCACAUCCACUCGCAAGGCAUCCAAGGGCAAUCGCCUGUCAGUCAUCAAGUUUGGCGAUCUUCCUACGGCCUUUCCCGAGGAAGAGACCAGCGCUGCCCCUCGUGAACCCGCCAAGUGUUCUCCCCAGCUUUCUCGAAUUCUCCUCAACCUUCCCUUUGAGGACCUCCGUUAUAUAUUGGCCACGGAGAGCGCUACUCCUCAGGGAUGGAAUACAGCCCAGGAUCGGUUCCACGCGUUGACUACUGUCGUUGCCGAACGCGAAGCUCGACGUUUGCGUGCCGUCGAAGCUGUCCGUGCUCAUGCUGUUUCUGGUGCCCGUGAAAUCCAGCACCGCCUGUCUGCACCGCGACGCUACGAUAUCGUUGAUGCCUGGGAUGUGCUCAACUGGCAGGAAGAGGUGGUCCAGCCAAAUGGAGCCGGGGUCCCUUCCCUCAUCCGCAAGUGGGUCCCGCAGUUUGGCGUUCCUGCUGAGCUUGUUCAGACGAGCCCUCCGUACGACCAGAACUACCAAGAGUCAAUGGUUUAG